AUGUUUGCCAGCCCCAUGACUUCUACUCCAUUUUCUGUCAAAGACAUUCUGAACUUAGAACAACAUCAGGGUGGCCUCUCAACCAUGGACAUCUCCCCCAGGUUGGACACCUCUUCAUGUAUGCUCUCCAGCUUCAAACAAGAGUCCUAUCCAGGGACCCCCUGCCUUUCUGAGCUCACUGAGGAGCUGUCUCAAAGGGACAGCAAUAAGGGCUCCUCUCCUUUCCCUGGAUCCUUCUUUGUCAAAAACUACAUGGAAAUGGACCCCUCUAAGGAGCAUAAAGAAGACAAGAAAGAUCUCUGCUCUUUGCAGAAGAAUUUGGAGACUGAUAAGAGGGACUUGGAAGACCCAGACAGACCAAGGCAAAGAAAAAGGAGAAAGCCCAGGGUUCUGUUCUCACAAGCCCAGGUCUAUGAACUAGAAAGAAGAUUUAAGCAGCAGAAGUACCUGUCAGCCCCUGAGAGAGACCAUUUAGCCAAUGUUUUGAAGCUCACAUCCACACAGGUGAAAAUCUGGUUCCAGAACAGAAGGUACAAAUGCAAAAGACAAAGACAAGAUCAGACUUUGGAAAUGGUGGGCCUCCCACCCCCAAGGAGGAUAGCAGUACCAGUUCUGGUGAGAGAUGGCAAACCUUGUUUGGGAGAGUCUUCUCCCUACAAUUCCCCUUAUAAUGUCAGUAUUAACCCUUACAGUUACAACACUUAUCCUCCAUACUCCAGCUACAGUAAUCCAGCCUGCAGUGGCAGCUACAACUGCAGUUACUCAUCCAUGCCCAGUAUGCAGCCCACCUCAGCUGGUAAUAACUUCAUGAAUUUUAGUGUGGGGGACUUAAACACAGUGCAGACACCCAUACAGCAAGCAAGCAGUGUAUCUGCACUCCAUGGCAUCCGGGCAUGGUAGAACUUGGCUAGGGGCCAUUCUGAAAGCACUAAACAAAUGGUGGCAUGGACUACAGUAUAUAGACUGAAAACUCCAUUGAAAAAAUAAACAUAUGCCCUGCAUCUUCCAAAUAAUAGAUGUGACUUUAACCCCUUGGUGUGAGAUUGAAAACUGAGAAUUAACAAUGGACAAUUUGGCAUGCUGGACAGGACAA